GCGCAAGAGAGAGGUGUGUGGGAGGAGAGAUGAGCUUGGGUUCCACAGAUCCUCUCAGUCUGUAGGAGGAUAUCCUGAGAUAGUUGUCUCUCACCCUCUCUGUCUCCCUGCCUGGCUUCAAACAGCUUUGUUUAUAUACUGUAGACAGGCACCUCUCUCUCUUUUAGAUCACUAGAGUUCACUCGCUCCCCUCCUGUUCUCUUCUCUCCAGCUGGAUGAGGAACUGAAAGGAAGGAGCAGUACCAGGGGAAAGGCCUACGAGGCAGAAUGAGUUCCAGGAGGACCAGGCCCCCUACCUCUCCUAGCCCACCGGAGCGGCCGGCGGCGCGGGACUCCCAGGACUCCAUGGAGGACUACUGGAGUGAAGUGAAGAACAUCGAGGAAGACGGCCAGCGGGGCCACGAGGACCUGCUGGAGAGGGGGAGUAUGGACGAGGUGGAGCUUGAGGAGGCGUGGCUUCAGGAGGCGGGUCUGUCCACACUGGUGUCGGGGGCGUUGGGGGAGGGGCCUGCGGAGGCGCUGCUCUCCACACUGACGCGCUCGCAGGCAGCCAUGGUGAAGAAACGUGUGGACAACUAUACCCUGACCAUGAGGAAGAGGAACAAGCAGCCGACCAGACAUGUCCGAGACGUCUUCUCCACGCCAGACACAUCGCCGGUUGAUCCCAUACCCUCGGUGUCCUCCAAGUCACCCAAUGGACACAUGCCUUCCAGAUGCAUCCACCGGACGUCUUCUAGAGGGCGGCCUGCGUGUCCCAGCUUCUCCCAGAGCACAGAGUGCCGUGUUUCAGAGUGCCCUCCCUGCUCGCCACCUCAGGACACCUCUGACUCCCUGUCAUUCGAGGUGCCCUACUCCGAGGACAUCACUGCCCACCGCAGGGGCCGCCAUGGGGACUGCAAGGACUGCCAACGCAUCCGCGGAGACGACCCAGACCUGCCAACAUUUCAGUUGCCCAGGCCUAAACUGGGCCUCACCCGCAUCCAGGACCUGUCUUGUGAGGACAUGAAGAAGAUCGGCUACAUCUCUUUGAUUGAACUGACCACCUUCUACGACGGCCUGGGCAUCGAGCUCAAACGCAACCGAGCGGCACGUAGCAAGGCCAGAGAAAGUGGUAUAUUUGGAGUUCCCCUGACCACUCUAUUGGACAACGACCAGAAGAAAUUCCCUGGGUCCAAGGUUCCUCUUGUGUUCAGAAAGCUCUUGUCGAAGCUGGAGCAGACAGGACUACAGGCUGAGGGGAUUCUCAGAGUACCAGGGUCUGCCUCUAGAGUAAAGCAUCUGCGCCAGGAGCUGGAGCAGAAGUUCUAUGAGGACCGGUUUGACUGGGAGCAGGUGAGGCACAAUGACGCAGCGGGCCUGCUGAAGAUGUUCAUCAGAGAGCUGCCUUAUCCUCUGCUCACGCUCCAGCACGCUCCUGCCUUCGCCGCCGCACAGAAUAUCUCCUCUCCCAGACACCAGAUCCAGGCCCUGCAUCUCCUCAUCAUGCUGCUCCCUGAGCCCAACAGAGACACACUCAAGGCCCUGUUGGAGUUCCUGAGGAAGGUGGUAGCCUAUGAGGAGAAGAACAGAAUGGGUCUGUGGAACGUGUCCAUGAUCGUGGCUCCCAACCUCUUCACCUACCGGGGCAAGAACGCCAAGCAGGAGGAGAUGCAGGGCGCAGCCGGGGCGGCCCACCUCGUACGGCUACUCAUCAUACACCAGGACCUGCUCUGGACCGUGCCCUGCUUUCUGAUCUCCCACGUGAGGAAGUUAAACGAGGCUGGUGCCAGCAAGAAGCCGCCCAGCUCAGAGAAGACCAAGAGGAAGCUGCUACUAAUGAGGAGGAAGAACUCUGAGCGAGAGAAGACUGAGAGGAGUGAGCUCACUGACCUCCGACAAGGGGUCAUCAGGGUUCACGCUCCACUACAUGCCAAGAUCUCCAUGGCGAUCCAGCUGGACAACGAGACCAAGGCCAAAGACGUGAUGGCGCGCUUCGACUACGAGAAUGGUCGUGGCACCAGAAGCACUAGCCGGAGGCCAAGGCAGUAUUUGUUUGAGGUCGGAGGAAACAUAGGUGAGCGCAACUUGGACCCCGAGACUCACCUUCUAGACGUGUACCACGUGAAUCCGCACUGCGAAUGGGUCUUAAAACCCACAACCACAUGAGAACUGAGGAAUCACUCACUCAACACAGAGCGCAAGCAGACUGAACCACUGCUCUCUUGAGGUCGUCCUGGUGAACUGACCAUGCAUGGAGCCCUGGUUGAAUUGAGGUUUCAGCCCCAACUACAGACCACUAAAAAGAGAGAGACAGCGCUUAAAGAGGAACUAUGGAGAGAUGGUCUCCUCCUGAAGGAAAGAUGGUCCUGUUUGUGGGAUGAAACCUUUUUACAAAAUACUAAAAAGGACGGAACCACUGUACUCUGAAUAUCUGGGUUCUGUAUGGAAGUAUUUGGAGGAGGGACAGCUUUGUGAAGACACGACAUACCAUUUCUGGACAUUGGAAUUGUUUGAUGCCAAAUAUGUGCGCAGCGAGGUUCACCCACUACAGAGGCCAUGCAAGACCCAGUUAACACGUACUUGCUAUAUUUAUACCACAAAUGUAUCUUGCUUUUAGUAUUAUCACACAUACUACAUGUAACUUUUGUAUCAUUUAUAAUUGCAGUAUGUUGAUUGCAAAACCAUUGGGAGUGAGGAGAUUCAGAAGACUAGCAAUUUGGGUUGUUGAGUGCAUGAUGGGAAGGAACAAGUGGAGAUGGGAUGACCUGAUACUGAAUACAGACGUUGUCUCCGUCUCAAAUGUUGUAACAACUUCCUUUCAUGGUCUCCUGUCCUCUGCUGACCACUGAUCUGGUGUAGCACUGAUCUGAUCAGGACAAGGCAGGUGAUAACAGCAUUGUGGAAGCCUAUCCAGUCCUUUCACCUGUCAGUGGUCAUGAAGGAAAGGUGAGGAGGAGAGGAAGCUGUGGUAGAGUAUUGAGACACAGCCCCACAUCAGAACUUUGACCAAGGAUUCAGACCAUUGUCAAACCCGCCUUCUCUGCUUUUUGGGUUUGCAUGUUGAACACUUAAAUAUCUCCCUCCUAAUACAACAGUCCCCAAUGGACUGUAAAGGUGACUUGUAGAAAACCAUGUACACACUACACUAAAGUAUGACUUAACACUCUCAACCAAUCCUGUGUGUCUAGUCAACAUAAGGUACCUUCAUUACUAAUGACCUGAACUGACUUUGCCUGGAGAGUUCUUACAAUACUUCCUGUAAUGAAGGAGAGGAGAAAAGGCCAUAAAAAAGGAGCUUCAUAGCAGUUAGCCUAACAUGCUUCCAAACUGGUUUAACCAAACUAGUCUUGGCCUGCUUACAGUGUUUGAACUUGUGAAUAAUGUUUACUUGCAGGGUAUGUAUGUAUGUAUGUAUGUAUGUAUGUAUGUAUGUAUGUAUGUAUGUAUGUAUGUAUGUAUGUAUGUAUGUCUUAGCCCAACCAACCUCUCUUCACUUUGUUCUGGAUCGUUCCACCAAUUUGGUGCCUUUUGAGAAGUGUAACUUAGUCCAAAAAGACGUUUGAUUUCACCAAAUUUUAACAUUGUCAUAAAGAGCACAUGUUAAACUUAAUUUUAAAAAACAGUUUUGCCAUCAAAAAAUUUAUAACAAUACUAUAGUAAGUUCCUAUUAAGUGCCAAAUAAAGUAACAAGGUUGACUGUAACAGGGUUGAUUUAAUCUUAAAACAGCCAUAAAUCCCUCUGUGACUGGGGGAAUGGAAGUGUGUUGUGUGCAACAGGGAGGUGCAAUUGAAAGUAAGCUUCACACAUUUUUUUUAUUGUUAAAACAAUUAUGUUAUGUUUGACCCCUCUCACUUUUCCACCACAGAACCCCAGAACAGGGUCAAAAAGAGUAGAACCAGCUCACCUGCUUUUACACUAUGGUUUGACUAGUAAAUGUUCAAUGUUUCUUUUGAAAA